UAAGCCAAUCAUUUUGCUUCAUGUUCGCAUGGAGGCUGGCGGAGCCUGUGACAUUCAAUGUCCUCAUGUCUGUAACUAACUGUACAAAUAUCUAAAGAUGAACAUUAUACGGUCAUCCUUGUCCCGACUGCGCGGAAUAACUAAUUUCACCAGCAUUCCUGCAGGGAACCUUGCAGUAACUGGCAACUCUCACCUUAGAUUAUUCAGCAACUGGAUUGUGCCCAGAGCAACCGCAGGACCUCCGAUUUCCAGAUGUGGGCCACUUUCUUCACAAGCUGAGGGUUCAGGAGUGUUCCGACAGCUUCCGUGGCAAUACCAGCAGGUGCGGACACGGAAGAGAGGCACAGAGUAUCAGCCCAAGAACAUCAAACGCAAGAGGACCCAUGGCUGGAUCAAGAGGAUCAGCUCUCAGGGCGGCAUUGAGGUGCUUCUACGGCGCAUGUUGAAGGGACGGAAAUCACUCUCACACUGACGGACCCUGUUGGAAAACCUGCAAGACAUUGGUUCGGAAAUGGAAAUGCUGCCGUUGCUCAGGGUGCUCAGCAAAGACCUUGCGUGUUGGGUUAACUGGUGAUACUGGGCGUCGGUUGGGCUUGGCUUCCCCCACCCCCCCGCAAUAAUAAUGGGCGGGAGGAUGAAAACUGGCCAUUUGCUUUGGGUAAAAAGAAACCUGAUAGUUUCACCCAGUUAUUUUUGAUCCGUAAUGUUUUCUUCAUUAUCAGUCAAUGUUAUCAGAUGUAUGGAUUUUUUUUCUUGUUGCCUAUAUGAAGUCAUUUGAUUCAAAGACAAAAUGUGUCUCUAAAGAUCAGUGUCAUGUCAUCUUAGCUGAUCUCAAAUGAAAACACCAAUUCUGGUUGACUUGAAAAUAAAAAAAACACCCCUGCACAAUA